AGUGCGUCACGUGACCUUUGCGCAUGCGCAUCCAGGCGCGGUAACUUCAGCUGAUUCGAUUUUUCUCCAUUUCAGAACUAGGCUGUUGCUAAGCUAGUUAACUUUUGACACUUACUUUGUGUGCAAAUAAACUUUAUAACCCCUCACACAGGACUAACGUUGUUAGAGAAUCCGGACAAUGGUGAUACGCUGCAUGGAUCAUGGCAUCUGUAGAUGGUGUCCUAUCUCCGGAGUCGACCGUCACGACGUUGCUAGCCAGUUCAGGACGACUGAGAAGCUCUUUGCACCCUGAGCCUCUUCACACUAUCAAAUACAAAGACAGACAUUAUGAGUCAGCCUCUGAUGCUCUGGAUGCUUACAUUGCUGAUUUUCAAUCCUCUGUGACCUCGGUGGGGCAGCUGGAGCUUCCUAAGGAACAGAUCACACCUCAUGUGCUGCACACAGGAUACAGAAACAGAGAUGUGCUAAAAGAAAGCCUUACAGACCAAGAGUUGGACUUCCUGAAGCUUCCCACAGCUUCAAAACGCAGAGAGUCAGACCACCUCAGCAUAACCACCGACGAUCUGCUGCUACUUCCUGUUGACGGUUCUCUUCCUGUGACCCGCACGUCAGCUUUUCUCUCCCGAUUAGAAAGUUCCAGGCUAGGGAACAGCGCCAACUCGAGUGUUUGGUCUCGACCCAGGCCAGCCGAAAGCCCAAAUAAGUCCUCAAAUAGAUCUGCAUCCAGAACUCUAUGUGUGGAUGAUUUACAGAUUGGAAAUUUGCACUCUGCCUCUUUUAUGUCCACAAAAACAAUUAAGCAAGGCUCUUCAUCCCAUCACCUUCCAAGAUGGAUGACCAGUCGCAAGUCAGAGAUGGAGUUUUCUGGUUUGACUAGCAUUCCUGAUCUGAAGUACCCAGCCUGGUUGGAGGAAUAUGACAGUAAUGUUAGAUCUCAGAAUGUUCCAGUGUGGGUCAACAAGCUGGAGCGGAAAACCUUUGAAAGUCAUGAGGAGCUGAAUGGUCAAGAGAACCUCAUCGGACAAACUGGUGAUAAUACAAAGCCAUUUAGAGGCGAUAAGAUCGGCUCACUUAUUCAAAGGGCUGAGGAUGUGCUGAAGUCCCCAUCUUUAGGUUUCUAUGGUUCAGAUAAAGAGCAUCAUCACAGUCCAGGAACCACAGAAGAGCUUUUAGAGGCUGAGCGCUCAUGGGAAAAUCCUCCAGUGACAUUUAAGUCUCCAGUACCAGUAGGCUGCAAUGAUGAUCAAAUACCUGCUGGUGAAUUUCAGACGGAUACAAAAGAGAAGUCUUUAGGUUCGUUCUCUUCCGGUUACAGCAGCAGGAAACACCCAGGUCCAGUUGAAGCCCUAAAACAGAUGCUGUUUAGCCUCCAGGCUGUGGAGCAGAAAGUAACACAACAAAAAGAUGGAAUACAAGACAUUUCCAUCAGACCUGUUUCAAAUCCACUAAUACAGACAGAGAACCGUGACAAUAAUAAGGUUCCCCAACCAGACAUUGAAGAUUAUGAUUUAAUUCCUGGUGGACAAUCGUUAAAAAGAGCACUGCACCACCUUGGAAGGUUGAAAAACCUUGUGGAUGACAUGAAUGACAGACGGUCUUCAGAAUGGAAGGAGGGUGGAGUCUAGCACAGAAGUCUGAUGAUCUCAGGAAUAUCAAACUAAAUGUUUCUAUAAUUAUAAUUAUUAGUUUAUUUAUAUUACUUUUACUGCAGUGCCUUAUGAUGACUUGUCUUUAUUUAUCAAGACUCUCAUAGUUUCCACAAAUCUGAUGUUCUGUCACUUGCUGUUGAAUUACAGGAUAACAUCAUUUUUACCAUUUGCAGUGGAUUCUCGUCCUGUGAAUGAUUCUAUUUUAUGAAAUAUAAAUCAGUGGGUGAGCAUUCGCUAAGUUAUGAAAAUAACAAAUGAUAAUGAUCAUUAAUAAAUGAUCCGUUUCGUUGAAUUUGGCCUUUUAUUGCGGUCACUCUAAUGACCCCAACUUCCUAACAAGAUGAGAUCAGUAAAAAAAUAUAUAUAUAUUUUUAUUUUAUUUACUGUGAUAUAAUGUUUAUCUAGUGUAUGUAAACGCUGUCAGGAAGUGGAAAAAAAAUUACAAGAGUGAUCUUACAAACACUCCGAUCUUUAGGAGCUCCAACUCCCAGAAUCCCCAGUCUAUAACCAAGCCUUCAUCCCUGCUCAUGUCAAACUACAGCCACAUUUCACCUGCUAUGUAUUCAGUCACUUUAUUUACUGUAGUUUUAGUUGGUUUCUGCAUCUUGUUUGCCUUCUGGUCUGUUUACACAAGUUUAAAGUUUAAUCUCAUCCAUUGAUUAUUGCUCUCUUCUUGUUAUAUAAGUUUUCCUCCACCUGCUGUUUUUGUACUGUUUGUCUCAUCAGAUUUUUUCUAAUAAAUCACUGUUACUUUUUUAUCUUUA